AGUGUUAUUCGUUUUUUAAAUAAGUUACAUGAUGAGUGCUCUGAGUUUGAUACCAUUUGUAAUUGGACUAGUUGGUUAUGAUUCUUGUCUAAAAUCAACUCCAGAUCUGUGGAAGUAUGGUCCAGAAUAUAAUUUCAAGGUUGAAUGUAAUGCAUCAUUAACCAACACCGCUUACAACGAGAUAUCAAUUACAAAUGUAACACUUGACUUAAUAUGUCGUCCAUUCUAUUCAACAAGUGUUGUAUCAUCAGGUUCUGAUGCUCUUCAAUGUAAAAUAUCAAAUGCACAAAUGAAUAAUUACAAUUUUGAUAUUAAAAAUAUAAAAAAACAUGAUAAUCAUUCUUUACCAUUUGAAAUAAAUAAUCAAACAUUUGAAAUUAUUUAUACAAAUAAUGGUAUCAAAAAUAUCAAUAUACAAUUACCAGUGUCACCAUGGAGAAUGAAUAUUUAUCGUACAAUUGCUAGUUAUUUAAAUUAUGGAUACAAUGAUUUUGUUAAAAAUGUUGAAACAACAUAUAACAUAACAAAACUUGAAAAUUCAACACUCGGUGAGUGCCAAGCAAAUAUGAGUGUUACAAAAUAUCCAAAUUAUGAAUUUACUGGUGUUAAAAUGAACAGUCCAUGUGAUAAACUUAAAUUAGAAACAAUUGCAUAUAAAGAUAAAUAUCCAGUUGUUGAAUUUCAUAAAAAUAGAAUAUUAAAUAAUUGUACGAAAAAAACACCAUAUUUUUUUGGUGGUGAUGAUGAUACGAUAAAUAAACCAUCUCGUUAUUUUACAAACAAUACAAAUUCAUAUGUUGUUUAUGUAACAGCACCAUUGAGUUUUGAAUCACAAACAAUAAAUAAUGGUAUUUUAACGUUAUUUAAUAAAAGUGCACCAGUUUAUGAAUCAACAAGUAUUAGAUUAGUCGAAAUAAAACCAGCGAAAAGUGAAUUUAAACGUAUUGAAUCACCGGGGAUAACAAAUAUUCAUUCACACUCUGAAAUAAUAAUACCUGCUGGUGUUUAAAAUAAAUGAAAAUUAAUUUAGAAAAAUAAAAUCAUUUACUUUUUUGUUUUAAAUAUUAUUUACAAAAGAAAAAUUAUAUAUAUGAUAAAUGAUAUAAUAAAAAGAAACUAUUAUAAAUACAAUGCGUCACGUUGAAUUUAUGUAUGAAUAGUCAUUAUUCAAUUUAUAUCGCACAAGUUUCAUCAUUAUAUGUAUUUUAAAUCGAGCAAUUUGUACAUCCGAAGGGAAGUGUUUGAGAGGUAUAUAAACGAGAUGACAAGGUGUAGAACUUGUUAUUUGAAUGUAAAGCAUACAUACUGAGUUUUUUGUUUUUUUUUUAUUUAAAUAUUAAAAUGAAGAUAGUUUGUUUAAUACCAUUUGUGG